AUGCGUUUCUCUAUAGGAUUACUACUUGCAAUAGUCACCAGCGUUACAGCCGAGUCAUACUUAGACUCAAUCUACGGUGAAGUUACGGGACCUUCAAUUCACUUGGAGAAUGUUGGAGAGAUUGAUGAAUUCAGUUUGAACCAUGAGUUUGGAUACAAUCGUAUCAAGUCUAAGUUGAAUCUCCCCUCAGAUGAUGACACGUCAGAUCUCGAUGGGCUUCUGUACUUUGGAGGAAUUGUUACUUAUGGUCACAGACCACACCUUGAGUGCUUUAAUCCAGAUAACGAUACACUUUCGACUUCAGUAGACAUUGCAGUUGUUGGAGCACCAUUUGACACUGGCGUCAGUUAUCGUACUGGUGCUAGGUUUGGUCCUAAUUCAAUUCGUUCAGCACUGAGAAGAAUGGAAGCUGGCGAUGGGACUUAUGGUCAAGAGCAUCGCACUAAGAAGAGUAUCAUUGAUUGCGGAGAUGUUCCUAUGACUCCGUUCGAUAACAGAAUUGCUUUAAAUCAACUUUAUAGAGGUCAAAGGGCGAUCCAUCGAUUCCGUUCAGAUACGACAAAAAAGUCAACUAAGAUUAUUACCUUAGGAGGUGACCAUACUGUCUCUCUUAUGUGCCUUAAAUCUGCUUUCGAAACGUAUAAGCAGCCCUUGCACGUGAUCCACUUUGACUCUCAUCUUGAUACUUGGAAUCCUAAGGUAUUAGGUGGAGGUAUCUCUCAUUAUAUGCUGUUGAACCAUGGUACUUUCCUUCAUUAUGCUCUGGAAAAGGGUUAUAUUGCCACAGAAAACAAUAUUCAUGUUGGAUUAAGAGCUCCAUUCAUCGACUUUGAAUACGACCCUGUUCAUGAUGCUGAAUGUGGAUUCAAGGCAAUUGGUGCCAGAGAAAUAGACCGCAUUGGUAUUCGGGGUAUUUUGCACAAGAUUCAUACUACGAUACCAAAGGACGCUCCAGUUUAUAUCACUGUGGAUAUAGACGUUUUGGAUCCUAGUAGUGCCCCAGGUACUGGUACAAUGGAAGUUGGAGGAUGGACUACAAGAGAGUUACUUAGUGUGCUUGAUGGACUAAAGGGCUUAAAUGUUGUGGGUGCGGAUGUCGUUGAAGUGUCUCCCCCAUUCGAUACCAACUCUGAAAUUACUAGUUUGGCAGCCACUGCAGUCAUUGAGAGUUUUAUUCUGAUAAUGUGA